AUGAAUCCCCUCCUCUACUACUCCCUCGCCAUCUACCUCUCCGCAGCGACAGCCGCCGCCGCCUCAUCAUCCAAAGACUCCGCGAAAGAAGACAACAAACCAUGCACAAUUACCUCUCCAACCACCGGCUCGUUCUUCGAUCUCACCGCACUACAGAUCCCAGAUCCCGCGCAAAGUAAAGCCAAACAUCCGCGCGAUUACAGUUGGAAUGCCACAGGCUAUGAUCUUGGCUAUAACUUCACCAUCAACUUCUGCGGGCCAGUUGUUGAGCCUGUGGACGAUGUUGUGGGCGUUGAGAAGAAUCUGUGGAGGAAUGUGAGUGCGUACUACAAGCACAGUGGGAAGGUGUAUUCUAUAGGCAUGCAGAACUCGGCAUUGGUGAUGAGAGGACGGAAGUUGGUUUUGAAUUAUACUGAUGGGUCGCCUUGCGAUUCGCCGGGUAGUAGGGGUUCGCAUUUGUCUUCGGGACGGACGAAGAGUACUGUGAUCAGUAUGCUAUGCGACAAGGAUCCACUGGCACCUACACUUCAGCUCAGCUUUGUCGGAACGAUGGAUGAAUGCACGUAUUUCUUUGAAGGAAGAUCGAACGCAGCCUGUGCUACGGCGAACACGACUAAGAGCGGCUCGCUGAAUCCCUCGGGCGUGUUUGGUGUGAUUGCAACAAUUGCAAUCAUCGUAUACUUUGUGGGAGGUUGUGUGUAUAAUCGUGCUGUACUGCAGCAGAGAGGAUGGCAACAAGUGCCGAACUACAAUAUGUGGGCAGGCAUAUUUGGAUUCUUCAAGGAUCUCUUCAUUAUCUUGACUUCGUCUUGUGCGCGAUUCAUGCCCUCGAGGAGAGGAUACAGCAGAGUGAGCAAUGGCUACGGUAAUAGAAACGGUCGAGGUCGUGCUCGAGGAGACAGCAGCGAUGCCGAAAACAGAUUGAUUGACGAGCUCAAUGAAGAGUGGGAAGACUAG